AUGAUCAUAUCUGGUACACUUGGUCAAGUAAUAGUACCUAUUAUUCAUCACAUGUCUCAACUUAAUUCCAUCUAUGUAUUUUGUGAAUAUCAGUUGAAACAUGAACAGUGGGCGAAUGAAUGGACGAAAGUGAAGGGUGUAUUUUCUCAAAUUGAUAAUUUAUGUGAUAUGCUACUAUCUGAUAUUCGUCAAUAUGAUCGAGAUACAAUUUCGAUUAGUGUCACAGGCGACGAUUUGAAUCGCCUUGAUCCAUCGUUUAUGUAUACUGAACUACUUAAAAAAUUGUUUCUUGAAAUGGAGUACGAUGGUGACAUCAAGAAAGAGUUUGUCGACUUUUGUCGGGAACAAUAUCGUGACAAUCCUUAUGAAUUGCAAAUCAUUGAUGAAUUCGAACAUGAUGGUGGAGCACACACACCUAUCUGGUGGUACACACGUGAAUGUUUUAUCUAUAAGAUGCUUAAUCGUGCUCUUCGAAUACAAGAUGUAGAAAUCAUUAUCAAGAUGAGCUAUUUUAUACGCGACGUUCAUCUUCAUAUCCAAGAAAUUCAUUCUCAGACAAUUUAUCAAGAUUUAUUUCCUGUUUAUCGUGGUCAAGGAAUGUCAUUGGCAGAUUUCGACAGAAUAAAGAACAGCAAAGGUCGUCUGUUGGCAUUCAACAAUUUUUUGUCUACUAGCCUUGAUAGAAAAGUCUCAUUAUCAUUUGCUAAAAACUCAUUGCAGAAACCUGAUUUCGUGGGCAUACUUUUCGAAAUGACGAUCACUUCGUCUGUUCCAUCGACUCCAUUCGCUGCAGUAAGUGACAUCAGUGCCUUUUCUAGCGAACAAGAAAUUUUAUUUUCAAUGCACGCUGUAUUUCGUAUAUGUGAAAUCGAUCAAAUAGAAGAUCGACUAUGGCGCAUUGAGCUCACAUUGACAAGUGAUAACGACCAAGAACUACAACUUCUUACAGAACACAUAGAACAAGAAAUCCAAGCAUCAACUGGAUGCCAUCGACUCGGUGAAUUGUUACUACGUAUGGGCAAUUUUGAAGAUGCUGAAGAAGCGUUUGAGAAAUUACGAGAAGAAACAAGUAACGACGAUGUGAAAAAUCUUGCUAAUAUAUAUAGUCAACUUGGACGCAUAAAAAAUAUCAAGGGUCACUAUCAAGGAGCACUUGAAUAUUACAAAAAACAGCUUGAAAUUCAACAAAAAUCACUUUUACCAAAUGAUCAAGAUUUCACUGCUACCUAUAAUGAUAUUGGCGAUGUCUAUGCUAAUAUGGGAGAAUACUCGAAAGCACUUGAAUUCUAUCAACAGUCGCUUGAAAAUGCACAAAAACAUCUUCCAUCGAAUAAUCCUGCAUUAGGUGCUACCUAUGAUAACAUUGGUGAAAUCUAUGAGAACAUAGGAGAUUACUCAAAUGCCCUUGAAUUCCACAAAAAGUCAUUAGAAAUACAACAAAAAUGCCUUCCACCUAAUCAUCCAGAGUUGGGUGCUACUUAUAAUAAUAUCGGAGAAGUGUAUGCUAACAUGGGUCAAUAUUCAAAAGCAUUAGAAUGCUACCAAAAGUCGCAGGAAAUCCAACAGAAGUCUCUUCCUUCUAAUCAUCUCGAACUUGCCAUUACAUAUCAUAACAUUGCUGCAGUACAUGAUGACAUGGGUGAAUACUCGAAAGCUCUUGAGUUCUAUCAAAAGUCACUUGAGAUUCGACGAAAAUCUCUUCCUAUAGAUCACCCGGAAUUAGCUUCUACCUAUGAUAACAUUGGUGAAGUGUAUGAAAAUAUGGGCGAUUACUUACAGGCGCUCGAGUUUCAUAAGAAGUCAUUAGAAAUACAACAAAAAUGUCUCUCACCUAAUCAUCCAGAAUUGAGUGCUACUUAUAAUAAUAUUGGAGAAGUGUAUGCUAACAUGGGUCAAUAUUCAAAAGCUUUAGAAUGCUAUCAAAAGUCACAGGAAAUUCAACAGAACUCUCUUCCUUCUAAUCAUCCCGAACUUGCCACUACUUAUCAUAAUAUUGCUGCAGUACAUGAUGACAUGGGUGAAUACUCGAAAGCCCUUGAAUUCUAUCAGAAGUCACUUGAAAUUCGACAAAAAGUUCUUCCUGAGAAUCAUCCUGAAUUGGCCGCUACUUAUAAUAAUCUUGGAGAAGUCUACGCUAAUAUGGGUGAAUACUUGAAAGCGCUUGAAUUUCAUGAAAAAUCCCUUGAAAUUCAACAGAAGUCUCUCCUACCGAAUCAUCCAGAUUUUGGAGCUAUCUAUAAUAAUAUCGGCGAAAUCUAUGCUAAAAUGAGAGAUUAUUCAAGAGCACUCGAAUUUCAUCAUAAGUCACUGAAAAUUGAACAACAAUCUCUUCCUUCACAUCAUCCAGAGCUAGCAACGACCUAUCACAAUAUUGCUGUAGUAUACGAGAACAUGAAACAAUAUUCGAAUGCACUCGACUUUCAUGAAAAAUCACUUGAAAUUCGACGAUAUUGUCUUCCACCAAAUCAUCCGGAUUUUGCUGUUACUUUCAACAGUCUUGGCGAAGUUUAUGUCAAAAUGAAAGAGUACAUGAAAGCACUUGAAUUCUAUGAAAUGUCACUAGAAAUCCAACAGAAAUCUCUACCACCAAAUCAUCCAGAUUUUGCUGCUACUUAUAACAACAUUGGGGAAGUUUAUUGCAAGAUGGGACAGGAUACUAUUGCACUCAUAUUUUACGAAUGUGCUGUUGAAACCGGACAAGAAGCUCUACCCGAAAAUCAUCCAUGUCUUCAGAUUUACCGAAAUCAUUUGAGUGAAAUGCAAAGGAAAACAUAG